GGAAACCCAACAAAGAAGAAGAAGAAGAAGAAGAGGAAGAGGAAGAGGAAGUUAUUCGGCGGGUGAAUUUGGAUUUGUUGUUGUUAAGUUGGAGACGUCGUUGAGUUGACGAUGAUUCAGAGGGAUUUGUCUCUGUUCUCGGUGACCCCGGCUGCAGGUCUGCUGUCCAGGUGUGUUUCUAGAGGAACUUUAUCUCAGGAGGAGAUAGACUCUGCCUCCACACAGCUAAGCCCCGCCUUCUCUUCCAACCUGCAUGAGGCUGAACAGCGAAUCAGAAUACAGAGACAGCUGGACGAGCUGCGGCUCGAGGCGGAGCUUCUGCAGACGGAGAAGAGGAGUGCUGACGUGACACACAGCUUCCACCUGACUCGCAGGUUCCACAUGUUGCAGGUAUUCUGUGGUCACCUGCAGGACGUUCUGAAGGACCAGAACAGUCUAAGACAGAGACUGAUGAGGCCGCUGGCUCGCACCAACCUGCCUGUCCAGGCUCACCUGCACAGGUUUGUCGUGGACUUGGUGUCGAUGCUGCUGGACUUUGUUAACACGCUGGAGGAGAAACUGAAUUCGGUCAGCUCCAGUCCAACCGCUAGAGACCACCUGGAUCAGCUGAACUCCUCCAUCGCCCAGUUACUGGCUCACGCCGCAGAGAUGGAUGGUUUGUCCAAUCAGGUUCUCCGUUGGAAGCAGGUCCACAGCAGGAGCAGCAUGCUGAGUGAAAGCUCUGUGUGAUGUCCCCUCCUCUCCUCUCCACUCUUCACCUCCUCCUCCCCACUCUUCACCUCCUCCUCCCCACUCUUCACCUCCUCCUCCCCACUCUUCACCUCCUCCUCUCCACUCUUCACCUCCUCCUCCCCACUCUGCACCUCCUCCUCCUCCCCACUCUUCACCUCCUCCUCUUCCUCCUCCUGCUCCUCUUCCUCCUUUAGUGGGAGGAAAUCAUCUAUGUGGAUACAGAAUCUUUAGUUUUGUCUGCAGUUAGUUAUGAUCCAAUAAGUUCUGCGUUAUAUAUAAUUAUAUCUAUGUAUAAUAAAUAUAUUAUUAUUAUUAAUAA